CAUGUCCCGCCGGGGGCCCGCGCAGGUGUCGGGCAGCCCCCGGCAGAAGGCUGUGCCGGGCACGGCCCCGUCGGAGCUGCAGGAGCUGCGGAGCCGCACGGAGCGCGCGGAGCGGCGGCUCCUGGCCUGCGAGAACCUGGUCGGGGAGCUGGGCAGCGGCCUGGCCGCCCUGGGCACCCUCCUGCAGGGCUACGAGCAGCUGCAGCAGCGCCUGCUCAACCUGGAGAACCUCCUCAAGAACAGGAACUUCUGGAUCCUGCGCCUGCCCCCCGCCUCUGGAGGGGAGAUCCCCAAGGUGCCGCUGACCUUCGAUGAUAUCUCGGUGUAUUUCAACGAGCUGGAGUGGGAAAGGCUGGAGCGCUGGCAGAAGGAUCUAUACAGGGCCGUGAUGAGGGGCAACUACGAGACCUUGGUGUCCCUGGACUAUGCCGUGUCCAAGCCCGAUAUCCUGUCCCAGAUGGAGAGGGAUGAAGAGCUCAGUGACAAAGAGGGUCAGGAGCCACCAUGGACACGGACUGGGGACGGUCAGGAGCCCCCGGGGGCAGCAGAGGCUGAUGAGGCUCCAGGAGAUGAAACCCCCAUGGAAGCUGCCCCAGGUGGGUGCCAGGAGCAGGUGGCAGUUCCUGGAGACCUCCCCUUCGUUAGGAAGGAAGUGCUCACUCCAUGGAUUAAAGCACCCCGGAGCACCGUGAAUCUUCAUUCCAAGAGGAAUGGUUGUGCCUGGCUGGAUGAAUCUCAUGGAAAAAAGCAGUCAAAGCCUGCAGGAGGCUGUGGAGCAGUGGGAAAGGCCUCCUGUAAGACUGGGGCUUCCAGAGACAUUCCUGCCUGCUGUGGAGGAGCAGACGGUGCCAAGUCCAAGCCCAACGGCAUCGAGAAGGAUAAAGAACCCAGCAACGAAAAAGGUCUGGAGCCCUCAUGGAUGCAGAAUGGGAACAGCCAGAAAACCCUACAGAUACAGGCUGGGGACAGCCAGGAAAUCCCAGAGAUUUGGAACAGCCCAAAGUCCUCAUGGACACGGAGUGGGAACAGCCACAAAACCCCACAGAUACAGAAUGGGGACAGCCAGGAAAUCCCAGACACACAGAUUGGGAACAGCCCAAAAUCCCCACGGACACGGAGUGGGAACAGCCCAAAGUCCCCACAGACACAGACUGGGGACAACCAGAACUCCCCACAGACAGAGACUGGGGACAGCCCAAAGUCCUCCUGGACACGGAGUGGGAACAGCCAGAAAACCCCACAGAUACAGACUGGGGACAGCCAGAAAACCUCAUGGACACGGAGUGGGAACAGCCAGAAAAUCCCACAGACAGAGACUGGGGACAGCCAGAACUCCCCACAGACACAGAUUGGGAACAGCCCAAAGUUCUCUUGGACACGGAGUGGGAACAGCCCAAAGUCCCCAAGGACACAGAUUGGGAACAGCCCAAAAUCCCCCCAGACACAGAAUGAGAGCAGCCCAAAGUCCCCACGGACACAGACUGGGAACAGCCCAAAGUCCCCCCAAACAGAGAGUGAGAACAGCCCAAAGUCCCCACGGACACAGAUUGGGAACAGCCCAAAGUCCCCACAGGCACACCCUGGGGACAGCCAGACACUGCCUCAGACACCGACUGGGGACAGUCACAACCCCCUCCAGACAGAUGUCCCCAGCAAUCAGAAGCCCCCACAGACACCAGAAGAGAUGGAGCAGCAGGAAGAGGCUUUGGGAGAGAAUCCCAUGGCCAUGGAAGCUGGCCCAGAACUCCCCAUCCUGAUGAUGAACGUGAUGUCCCUGGGGGAACAUCAGCCAGAGGAGGACCUGGAGAUGGAGGAGGACCCGGCAGAGCCUGACACCGAGGAAGCCUCAUCCAUGGAAGAUGAAACACCGUGCGAAGAGGCUUCUCCCGAGGACAUCAAGGUGAAGGAGGAGGAGCCUGAGCUGCUGGCAGAGGAAUCCACACUGUCUCCUGGCUCAGAGAUCCACAAAUAUCCCAAAAACGAGCUGGUGAAAGCCAAGAGCAAGAAGAAGCCGAACCGGUGCGAGGCCAGCAACCUCCUGAUGGGCAACUGCCGGCGCGGGUACGUGCGGGAAUGGUCCCAUCCCUGCACCGAGUGCGGGAAGCGCUUCCGCCUCAAGAUCAACCUCAUCAUCCACCAGCGCAGCCACGCCAAGGAGGGGCCCUACGAGUGCCCCGUGUGCGAGAUCGGCUUCAGCAACAAACGGCACCUGGACCUUCACCGCAGCAUCCACGUCAAGGACAGAGCCUUCGGGGCCAAGGUCUGGGGCAACGUGCACCCCGAGCUGCGCAUCCGCCCGCGCAGGGACCCGUGCGGCGGCGCCCACGCUGUGGGAGCCUGGCUGGGCCAGCCCAAGGAGGAGCCGGACAGGGAGGGCCCGGCCGGCUCCGGGAUGGCGCGGCCGCCCGAUUCCAGGCUGAAGUGCCCCUACUGCAAGAAGUUCCUGUCGUGCUCCAUGUCGCUGCGGCGGCACCUCCAGACGCACGCGCGGGACCGGCCCUACUGCUGCAGCUCCUGCAAUAAGUGCUUCACCCGCAGCAAUCACCUCCUGCGCCACAAGAAGAUCCACGAGCGGGCUCUGGCUGCGCUCCAGGGGGAGGCCAACACCCAGCCCCCUGCUGCUAUCGCGGCAUCCCCGCAGCAAGGGGCUCCCGAGGAGAGGAGCCUUUCCCAAGGGAACGGGAGCCCUGAGGCUGCAAAAGCGAGCCUGCCCAACGUGCUGCUGUUGGGAGCGACAUCAGGGCUCCCGGGGAAAGGCUCCCCGCUCCCUGACUGCCUCGGGAAAGCCGUGCAGCCCGUGGUCCAGCUGGGACUGAGGGCAGUGGCUUCAGGGAUGACGGAGAAAUGACCCCGGGACAGAUCCGAACAUUGCGUGUCCCUGGAGAGAAGCUGAGAGUUUGUUGGGUUUGUACCUGCUGGGACACCGGGAGUGGGAAUCUGCUGCGUUUUAGGAGCUUCCUGGGUUGUAGAAAGAAUGGGAAGCUUGGAGACAACAACAGAGAGAAAAUUGCAGAAGCCUCCAGUGAUCCAUAAUGCUUCACUAUGCCACUGACUUGUUCCUGUUGGCUGAUGCUUGGAAUUUUCCCAAGCUGACCUUGCUGGGAGAUGACCAGGUGAACCCUGGUCAAACAGGAGCAGAGCUUUCACAUUCCUUGAUGUUGGACCUGACCCUUUGUGUUUGGGAACACAGCUGAAGAGGGCAGGUAGAAGGGAAUGGAGCUGGCAGCAUUCCCGAGCAGCUCUUUGUUCCAUGGACCAAAUGUCCUGACUGAGGACGGACUGGCCAGAUGGAGAGUGACAUCUGAGACCCCACCGUGUCCUGGCCACCCUUGCCACCCACCACCAUGGGGAGGAGAUCAGCCAACGUCCCCUCCAGCAGGUUGGGAAUGCUGGAGCUUUGCACUGGAAGAUCCAUAGGACAAACCAAACCCUGGCAUAUUCCAGGGAUCCCGGCAGGUCCAUCAGGGAGGCCACAGGCACCCUCAGGACCAUCCUGCUUGUGAUUUUGGGCAUCCCUGAGGAGUCAGCCAGCCCCAUGCUGCAGCAGCACCUCUGAUCCUCAUGGAUCCACCUGCACAGAGCAGCCCCUCGGCUCUGGAGGAAACUCCCACUCUCCCAACCGCAGCUCGUCCCGUUUUGCCCAAAAUCCCAAUGAAUCCUAUAGGAAAACAGUUCUGCAGCUACCUCAGUCAGGGAGAGGGGGACCUGCCUGGAGGCAGCCAGUGGAAGCCAGGCCAGGCGCUGCUCCGAUGUCCCCCAGUGCCACCGGAGCAGUGCCCGUGGCCAGAGCCCCACGUGCGUCCCACCCAGAGACAUCACCACGCCUGGAGCAGUUGCUGGGACUCUUGCAUUUAGUUUUCCUUUUUUUUUUUGUUUUCUUUGAGUUGUCUGAUGUAAUUAUUUGAUAUCCUGAGGUCUCUGUCCCUCUCUGAGCAGUGAGCACUGGUAGGCUUUUCCCAUCUUUUAUUCCGAGGUGUGGUGGUGCUGCUGUGGGGAGCUUUGGGAGCUGAGGGAACACCUGUGCCACAUCCAGCUGUGAUCCUCAGCCACUUCAUGGGACAGACAGCAGCAUCUGAGCUGCUCCAUAGGAAUACACCCCAUCCCCCUGCUCCUCUGGGCUGGUGUCUCACAAUUCCUGCCCCUGGGAUUGCAGUGUGCAGCAUUCCCAAACUGCAGCAGGAGCUGGGAGGGGUGGUCGAUGCCUUGUGGACGUGUGGCCAUGGGUCUGGCAGUGAGCCAGUGGCUGGUUAUCACUGCCCAGGCAGAGCUCCCAGCACUCCCCAGCUGAUCCCAGGGGCAUGGCUGAGCUGCUGUGCCAAUGGGUGAACCCCCCAGGCCAGCAGAACGGCCAGCAGCCCCAGCCUGGCAUUUCUGAAUCUGCUGUGACCGGGAGCAGCGUUUGCUACGACAUUCCUGAUCCCUUUCUCAGGCUGUGGAAUCA